CAUGACUCUUCCACAUGUUUACAACUUUUUAUAUUCUUGGAAUAUCGAACAAACUAAAUGAAAUGCCUUACCUUUUCCACGUCUCUACAGGUCUACAGGCUUCCCUUGGGCUUCUCGUUCCCUCUUGGACUGCUCUCUGAUCCAAGGGAAAGUUGGUCCGGGUAAAGGUUUUAUCCACACAAGGUUUAUCCCCCAAGAAAAGCCUGAAAGCCUGCGACUCGUAAUCCCCAAUCCGUAAGCAUUUGCUUUGUUUGUGACCGUGAAUGUUCAAAUAUGUGUAUGCCUUCUUAGUGAAAAAAAACAGGGAUUCCUAGAUUACGAUGUUCUCAUCAUUGUUAAUGUGUAUUCACCGGUUAUUUUGGGAUAAUUUGCAAAAAAAAUAUUUCAAGCAGCUGGAUUCGUAAUACUGAUCUAAUAAACCUCAGGAAACAUGUAACACACCAGACGUGAAGGUGGGUGACUUAACAUUCGUUCAUAUCAACUGGUGAGGCAUGAUUUCAAAGUCCAAUGAUCAUGUGACCUGUAAGAAAGUGCUCUUGGUAGUGCUAUUGGUUAGUUCAGUCAAUUUUAGCGUUCCUAUACGUCAAUGGAAAUAGCUUAACUAGUCACGACAUGUGUGUCAAAAUUUAAGUGAAUUGUUAUAUUAUUAAAAUUCCCCUUUUUAUAAUUAGAUAUGCAUAUAUUGAUCUGCAGCAAAAGGGACCAUUAUUAGAACCAUAUAAAAGCAUGGUAUCUAUUGACUGACUUCUUGGCAUGCAAGAUGCGGAAAUAAAGAACAAUAAAGUGUGGUUUCCACUUGCCACGUGCUCGGUGUGGCAUAACUUUCCUCCUCAACCACACGCAUUCCACUGAUGGAUUAAUCAAGCUUUACCAUGUUUUAAAUAGCAACACAAAGAAUUAACUUUUUAGUGCGUGUUUAUUAAGAUGUUACAGCUAGCCUUUCAGCUAGAUGUGUAAUAUUUCGAACAAACUUUGGCUGAAGAAAAUAAUAAAAUACAGAACAGAGGGAUUAAAAGUGUAAAAGCCUACCUCAGGGCAAGCAGCGAUAGCGCUACCAUGGUAAAGAACACAAGAGGUAAUCUUGUUCACGGCCUCUUAAAGCUACAUGUCAAUAAAUCCAAUUUCACACAUCUCCCCCUUUUCUCAGUCACUGUUGUUAUGCAAACAGUUGACUGUUUGCAUAACAGCCACUUGUGAACUUGCCUCGACAAUCAUAGCUACUGCAGAUAAGCUGAACACAGCUGUGUUUUUGCUGAAGAUAUUGAUCAGCAGUUAAAGUAACAAGGGAACAUGAUUUGUGAGUACCAAACAGUAAAUAUAUUGAAAAUAAACAUUGCAGCCUUGCAUAUAUUAUAAAUACAUUUCUUCAGUUAUUCCUUGAACACCACAGUAUUCAGCACAAUUCAAGCUGGGCUCAGCAGGCAGCAUCAGGCGUCUUGAAGUCAUCUGUGUUAAAACGUCUCCUGAUCUCCAUAUUUCUGAUAUGCCUCUUGUUGCAGAGCAGCUGGGGUUUCAGCUUUGAAGCUGGCAGUUCAUGACACGUCCAUCCUCCUCAUGCUUAGGAUGAAGCCGACUGAAGCUGACCCUUGUGGACAUACUCCAAUGCAGUGGCUAUUGUCCUCAUGUCCAUCUCAAUGCUCCGAGCCCAGUUUUCCACAUCUCCAAUUUCCUAACAAAAUAAUGGACAUUGCUUUGCAUUUGGCGACUUUCUGUGGUCUAAAAGGCUGAUGGAUUUCAACUGUACGUUGACAUGCCACAUAUGGAUGCAUGGUGCCAGGUCAGAGGGUGAGAUUAAUCGAAAGCAAUAAAGGCUAUCAAAAGCUUUGAUUACUAUAUGGACCACAAGGGGUAGCAAUGAUACGAUUUAAAGAUGCAGCUGUAAGUUGCAUGCCAGACAAAUAUGUUUAUUAGUUACUUUACAUGAAAAUAGUUUAUACACCACUUUCCCUACAGGACAAUAUAUUUUGUGGCUGAUGACAGCUUGUCAACAUUAGGCAUCUUAAUAUACAGAACAGAGCAUACCUUUAGGGCUUGAUUGAAUCCCUCCACCAUGCUGAUCCACUGGGCCGUUUGCUUGGAAAACUGACUGGCUUGCACCUGGAGAGUCUUCACCUCAUGGUCCAACUUGCGCUGGUUAACGUAUGCCUGGGCUACCCUAAAAACAAGGCACACAUCAGUGGUGCACUGUGACCUUAACCCUUGGUACACAUACACACUAAAGUUCCAUUGUGUACCAUGUAGCAUCUUUACUAGCAACAGGCAGUUAUUUUAAUUCAUCCAUAUAAGUUUACUACAUUUCAUAUUCAUCUGUUAAAUUUAUUAAUCAUUCAUCACGAUGGCAGUUGGUGCGCCAAUGUUAACUUGUACUGCGGUUACCAGGUCGAAAUGUGAAUAUGCUUCUGCAUGUUCAAACGCAACACAGACUGAUACUAUAUAGGUCUUAAAUCAUUGUGCUUUCUGCGACCAAAUAUUGUUUUCAAAGUUGAUUAUCCCUUGUCAUCCUGCCCAGGUUAUGCCACAGGUUUUACAAUGAUCAAUGGAUGAAAAUAUUUUGUCAUCUGUAACGUUAUGCCUAAUAAAUGAUUGGAGGAAAUGUAUAAUCUAUCCAACACAGAAACUCAAAAUAGCAUAACUAAAUAAAUGUUUGCAGUUACCCGGCAAUGCUGACUAAAAUGAACCUGAAUAGGUCAGGUACCACACCUGACUGAACAUAUCAAGUCACAUCGUACCCAACAUUAAGGUGGUCCACCAAAGCUUCUGUCAGACAGGUAGCCGCAGCAAUGGCUUCGCGUCUUCUUCUCUCUGUGCGAAAUGAAUCACAAUACAUUUAAAUCCAAACGUUGCCACAUUGUUCAUCAACCAUUGCGAUCAAGCAGAUGCGUCGUGGUACCGGAAGCUGGCGGGCUGACAAGCUGCUGGCAGCAACCUGUCAACAAUUUUUGUGUGUAGCGAAAAUAAGUGUUGGUCGGCGUGUUGGUGGAACUGGAGGACUUCAUUAUAACGGUCCUUUCUGUGUAUGAUGGCUGCAGUGUAAUGGCACGACCAUGAAGGCUCAGUUACAAGUUACAGUGCUGUCAGCCAAGCUGAAGGAAAACAAAAAGAACUGGUUUGGCCCAAGCCCAUACGUUGAAGUUGCUGUGGACGGACAGUCAAAGAAGACCGAGAAGUGUAACAACACACACAGUCCAAAAUGGAAGCAAGCACUCACAGUCAUCGUUACCCCAUUCAGCAAGUUGAUCUUCCGAGUUUGGAGCCAUCAGACUCUCAAGGCCGACAUGUUGUUGGGAAUAGCAACUCUCGAGAUAAGCAAAGCUCUCAAGGCUAACGACUUGAAAUUAUGUGAGGUGGUGCAGAAUCUGCAGCUUGCCUCGGACAGGGAUCGCCAGGAUGUCGUUGGUGACCUGUCUGUCUUGUUGGAUGGCCUGCAGGUCGACGCAGAGACCUUUACCUCUGCUGAGAGAGAACACGAAGCUGCCUCCAAUGGGAAGGCAAGGCCGAACAGAGAAACCGGAAACAGGUCCAGCCGAGAUGCGUCUCCGUCCAGUGAAUCGGAUGAGUGGGUCAUCGUACCAAACGGCAACGGCGUCAACCAAACGGGUUCUCCAGCUCCCUCUCCAGGGGGCUCGGGGGGCUUACGUCCUCCGAGACCUGCCCGGCCCCCACCACCCACCCCCCGCAGACCAACCGCCUCACCAGCCUCCUCCAACAGCUCAUCCACCUGUGAUGUGAACGAGGUCGCUGCCGUGACCAACGGCGCCACGCUGGGUGCUAUGAGUGGGGCUUCCAACCCACAGAACAGCCCCGGGGGUGCAGCAGCAGCAGCAGCAGCAGCGGUGGGAGAUGGAGGGGAGCCCUCAGUGACCUCCAGUGGUGCUGAACCACCGCCUCCUGCCCCACCUGCUGCAGGCUCCGGCGCCGUCGUCCCAAGAGUCACCCCCGUUAGCAACGGGCCCCUGCCGCCAGGGUGGGAGCAGCGGGUAGACCAAAACGGCCGCAUGUACUUUGUUGAUCACAUCGAGAAGAGGACGUCUUGGGAGCGGCCUGAAGCUCUGUCCCCAGGGUGGGAGCGCCGGGUGGACCCCAUGGGUAGAGUGUACUACGUGGACCACAUGACGCGCACCACCACGUGGCAGCGCCCCACCCAGGAGUCGGUGCGCAACUUCGAGGAGUGGCAGCAUCAGCGCAGCCAGCUGCAGGGCGCUAUGCAGCAGUUCAACCAGAGGUUCAUCUAUGGGCUCCAAGAUCAGCUGGCUCCCGCAGCCAAUAAAGAGUUUGACCCGCUUGGACCUCUACCACAUGGCUGGGAAAAGAGAACGGACACUAAUGGCAGAGUGUAUUAUGUUCAUCAUACAAAUCGCACAACUCAAUGGGAGGACCCCAGGACCCAAGGAAGACUGAAUGACAAGCCCCUGCCAGAGGGCUGGGAGAUGAGGUUCACCGUGGACGGUAUCCCCUACUUUGUGGACCACAACCGUCGGACCACCACCUACAUCGACCCCCGCACGGGCAAAUCUUCGCUUGAGAAUGGGCCUCAGAUUACCUAUGUCAGGGACUUUAAAGCCAAAGUUCAAUACUUCCGCUUCUGGUGUCAGCAACUGUCGAUGCCUCAGCACAUCAAAAUAACAGUCAGCCGGAAAACUCUGUUUGAGGAUUCGUUCCUACAAAUCAUGGGAUUCCACCCACAAGAUCUGAGACGACGAUUGUGGAUAAUUUUCCCUGGAGAAGAGGGCCUGGACUACGGGGGGGUGGCCAGGGAAUGGUUCUUCCUGCUCUCCCACGAAGUGCUGAAUCCCAUGUACUGUCUGUUUGAGUACGCCGGCAAGGACAACUACUGUCUGCAGAUCAACCCCGCCUCCUACAUCAACCCCGACCACCUCAAGUACUUCAAGUUCAUCGGGCGCUUCAUCGCCAUGGCUCUGUUCCACGGCAAGUUCAUCGACACUGGAUUCUCCCUGCCCUUCUACAAGCGCAUUCUGAACAAACCGCUGGCACUCAAGGACCUGGAGUCAAUAGACCCCGAGUUCUACAACUCCCUCAUCUGGAUCAAGGACAACGACAUCGAGGAGUGCGCCCUUGAGAUGUUCUUCUCCGUGGACAAGGAGAUCCUUGGCGAGGUCACCACCCACGACCUGAAGCCCGACGGAGGCAACAUCCAGGUGACCGAGGAGAACAAGGAGGAGUACAUCAGGCUGGUGGCCGAGUGGAGGUUGUCCAGGGGAGUGGAGGAACAGAGCCAGGCCUUCUUCGAGGGCUUCAACGAAGUCCUUCCUCAGCAGUACCUCCAGUACUUUGAUGCCAAGGAGCUUGAGGUGAUGCUGUGUGGCAUGCAGGAGAUAGAUCUGUCGGACUGGCAGAGGAAUGCCAUAUACAGACAUUAUGCACGCACCAGCAAGCAGAUCCUCUGGUUCUGGCAGUUUGUGAAGGAGAUGGACAACGAGAAGAGAAUGCGACUGCUGCAGUUUGUCACGGGCACCUGUAGGCUGCCUGUGGGAGGCUUCGCCGACCUCAUGGGGAGCAACGGUCCACAGAAGUUCUGCAUCGAGAAGGUCGGCAAAGAAAACUGGCUUCCAAGAAGCCACACAUGCUUUAAUCGUCUGGAUCUCCCCCCCUACAAAAGCUAUGAGCAGAUGAAAGAGAAGCUGAUGUUUGCCAUCGAGGAGACCGAAGGCUUCGGCCAGGAGUAGGAGUAGGAGGUGGAGGACGAAAAUCAGAUUCAAGUUCCAGGCUUUCUUGCUUUCUUUUUCGUUUCAGGUAGCAGCAAUGUUAAAAGGACUGGAGUUGCAGUAUGAAGUUGCUACUCUUCUAUAGCUUAUGGACAUAAGAUAACACAUUCCCUCCUACAGUAUAUUUUGGUGAAGACAUAUUCACCACGGUUGCACUCCUUUCCUCACCAAUAACUCGACUUGAGAGUCCUUCCCACUUGACCGUUCACCCCUGCCACUUCACACAGAUGCAGCUUGCCUUACCCAACUUUUUGAGCAUGCAAUAAGAGGAGAUGGCUGCCAGCCCAACCGUUUACCAAUCACGGCAUGCUCACCAUCGUUUAUUGUGUACACGAGCAAGUGCUCAAUGUUCUUUCCCAUUCAUGCAGCAGUACUUUAACGACUUAAGAGAAGAGCCACAUGGCUGGCCUAUGCACUACUACUAGAAACAACUAAAGGACGAAUCUUAUAUUGUGUAUUUGCUGUGAUAUAUUUUUAUUCUAAAUUUUUGUUUGUACAAUGUCGCCGUAGUGAGUACACAGUUAGCAGACAGUGUAAAUAACAUUUUAACAUUUAAAAAAAACAUAGAGGAUCACAUAUUCUAAAUAUUUUGUAUCUAACUUAUUUUGAUUAACCUUUCUGGCGUAAAGAUCGCCUAAUGAAGCUAAUUGGAGUGACUAAUUGGGGUAUCGGGUAGUAGAGUUGCAUCGCUAGGACUCACUUUUACUGACUUUUAGUUUGUUGAUAACGUCAUGGUUCUGUAAGGAUUGAGAUGGCUGAGACUGCUGUUAAGCAGCAGUAUUUUUUUAAGUGCAAUAGUUUUUCUAGAAAGAAAAUCUGCUUAGCCAUCAAAGCCAAUGCGAUGUAAUAGAGUAGCGAUUUUAGUUCAUUGGUAUUCAGCACAGUUAUGCAUUUUGCUGUGAGUUAUUCCCUCCUCCCCCUCUUGUUCUUAAAGCCGGGCUCUGCAGUUAACUGCUAGAUCCACCUGCGUGACACUGGAUAGGCCCUCCUCUACCGACGUUGGGGGAGCAAAACCCUGGAAUUGCUAGCAUGAGAAUCAGCUUUGCUGCUGAUGAAGUGGGAUUAUAGGAUAAUGUAUGAAGAAGAGAUAGAAGCGAGUUGAUAACACCACUUCCUCCCACUGAAGGCUAGCAGCUGAUAUCUUCUAUAGAAAUAAGUAUUAUCACAGGCAUCAGAGUCAAAUGACUCCAUGGGCUUGAGAACUUGGGUUUUAUGUAAAUAUGUUUUAUGAAUUCAAUUGAGAAAACAAAUACACAGUAGAUGAUAACGAUCCUCAGCCUUAGCCCAGGGACUGAUAAAGCUUUUUGUAGUCCUACAAAUUAACAUUUGAUUGCACUAAUGUGAGUGGCCCUAGUUUUAUAGGGCAUUGAGUAUCAUGGAAUGUAGUGACGUUGCGUUUCUCGUUGUGACCCCAAAGUAAAUCUAUCUUACCAUUUAGGAAUUGUCAGUAAUGACUAGUAACCAACAGUGCAACCACCUUUUAAGAAGUAAUUGGAUUGAUUAAGUGUAUUCUGUUUGUUUAUGGGAGGAGUAAAAUAAAAGGUAUUUUCUUAUGACAGACUCUUGUUUUUGAUUUUUGCUUUAUUUUUUUAUCAGAUAUAUGUCUAAGCCCUUGUUUAAGCAGAAACAUAUCUACAACCCGUCACCUGUCCGUAAGAUAUUUUUUCAGUAAUACAUAGUAAUAAUGCUAUUGCUGUGUAUCUAUGCAAAGUGUCGAUCACAUUAUACAAACAUUGACACUACGAAAAUGUAGCUUAAAAUUUAAUGCAAUGGUGAUUUUAACAAUGUUGACAUUGGCUAAGUAUCAAAUGUUGUAUUAAUGUGGAUGAGCAAAAUGUGUUGUUAAUGAUGGUAACAUAAUUAUCCUGUGUGUGAACUUUGAGGAAAGUGUAUGAAAUCUGACCACGUGAGGUCUCUAGGCUCUUGUGAUUCUGUAAGCUACACUACACAUUGCAACAGUCAAUUGUGCAAGUCAAAAUAACUAAAAGAUAUCUUCCACUGCUUCAGUUAUGUUUUUCAUUGUUUUGUGUUGGUGAUAAUGAAUAGACAAUGUAAACUAGAUUUGUGAAGCGAUUCUUAAAACGAUUGGAAUAAAAUGACUUUGUUCAUUUCAAAUGAUGGCAAUUGUAACAUUUUAACCACGAUGAAUAAAUACUGUUCUAGCACCUGGACAUCUAAAAUGGCUAUCCAUUUUAUUCCUAGUUUUUCAGGUUUAAGAGGAGAAUCCUUCACGGUUGGGAUUCGAUCGUAUUUGUGUAUUUUGGUCGAUUGCCCUGUAAAACAUGUUGCGUUUUUUUAAUCAUUGAAAAUGUUAAGUCGA